GUUAAAACAAAGUUUUAUGAUAAAGUGACAGGAGUAUCAACAUUUAGGAUUGGUUGGACUUCAAAAGCUGCUGCCAAUCAAAGAGCGGGAAGAGCUGGACGUAUUGCACCAGGUCACUGUUACAGAUUGUAUUCAUCAGCUGUGUUUAAUGAAGACUUUGUGAUGUUUUCCCCUGCUGAAAUUACAAGAAGACCAGUGGAUGAUUUAAUUUUGCAGAUGAAGGAUAUGAACAUCGAUAAAGUAAUCAAUUUUCCGUAUCCAACUCCUCCUGAUGCAGAACAGAUCAAGGCUGCUGAGAAAUUGCUGAUAUCAUUAGGGGCUCUUGCUGUCAAACAUGCACAGAAACCUUUGGUCCUUAAGGGAAGAAAGAGCCCAGUAGAGCCAGUUAGCCAAAUAACUUCCCUGGGGAGAGCCAUGGCCUGCUUCCCUGUGUCUCCCCGCUAUGCAAAGAUGAUGUUAUUGGGACAUCAGCAAGAUCUCCUGCCUUAUGUUGUUGCCAUAGUUGCAGCUCUCUCUGUUGAUGAGGUGUUUGUGGAAUUUCAUAAGGCAGCAACUGAGGAUAAUGUUGAAUUUCAAGAGAAACUGAAGUAUAUGACACAAAUGAAAAGGAUAUGGGCUGGUUCAGAUCACUCUUUCCUACUUGGAGAUUUGAUGGUAUUGCUGAAGGCUGUGGGAGCAUGUGAAUACCAAGGAGCCACUCUAGAGUUUUGUGAAAAACAUGGUAUCAGAUAUAAGGCCAUGAAAGAGAUCAGAAAACUACGAGCUCAGCUGACUAAUUCUGUGAAUGCAAUUAUUUCUGAUGCCAACUUGUGUGUAAACCCCAAAUUGGAUCCCCCAAGUGAUUUGCAGGCCAAACUUCUCAGACAGGUGGUUCUUGCUGGUCUGGUUGAUCAUGUAGCCAAGAAAUGUCCUGAUCCACCCCCAGAUGCAGAUGAAGAAGCAAAAAAAUUGAAGCAUGCUUACUAUUGCACAGAACUGGAGGAACCUGUGUUCAUCCAUCCCCUCUCUGUGCUACACAAACAAAAACCAGAGUACAUAGUGUAUCAACACAUACAAGAAACCUCAAAAGUCUAUAUGAAAGGAAUCACUGCAAUAGAGCCUGAAUGGUUGCCAGUUUUUGCUUCUUACCACUGUGCAUUUUCCAAACCUCUAGAGGAUCCUGAACCUUCUUAUAGUUGUAGCAUGGGUCAG